AAGCCGCCAGGUGUCACUGUGGUUUCUACAGUCCUGGGCGCCGUUCUGUACACACAGCAGCGCCAGUAGUGUCAGGCAGCAGCCGCCAGUUACACGCAGUGUGUAGUGCUGGCCAGUAUCUCACUGCUGCUAUCGUUAUGUCGUGCCUGCUGUGCUGCUUCAGGUGGUGCGGGGACGGCGGCUCCGGACACAUCCCGCUGAAGGAGAUGCCGGCAGUCCAGCUGGAUACGCAGCACAUGGGGACGGAUGUUGUGAUUGUAAAGAAUGGCAGGAGGAUCUGUGGCACUGGGGCUUGUCUCGCCAAUGCUCCUCUUCAUCAGAACAAGAGUUACUUUGAAUUUAAAGUUCAGUCUACAGGUAUCUGGGGCAUUGGCGUUGCAACUCAAAAAGCUAACUUAAAUCAGACCCCCUUGGGUCGAGAUGUGCACAGCCUGGUGAUGAGAAAUGACGGGGCCAUCUAUCACAACAACGAGGAGAAGAGCAGGCUGCCGGCAAACAGCCUUCCUCAGGAGGGUGAUGUAGUGGGUAUCACCUAUGACCAUGUAGAGUUAAAUGUUUAUCUAAAUGGAAAGAAUAUGCAUUGUCCUGCGUCUGGCAUAAGAGGGACUGUGUAUCCUGUUGUGUAUGUGGAUGACAGCGCGAUCCUGGAUUGUCAGUUCAGCGAGUUCUAUCACACACCCCCAGCUGGGUUUGAGAAAAUAUUGUUUGAGCAGCAGAUUUUCUAAAGACUGGAUAUCAUCAGCGUUCCCAAAGCCUCUAUUUCUUAAAACUGCACGAUGCCUACUGACAAUGUACUUUGUAUUUAUAUCUCACUGGGUGCAGGCCUUUCAGAUCUUGUGUGUACUGUAAGUAGUUUAUAAAGUGUCAUCUGUCUGCUGGGCCCACCAUCUAGAAAUUCCUUUGAACCCUUACCUGAUAUUUUUGUGAUGUGUAAAGUAUUUUUCUGCCAGUGUCUCUCUCAUUGUAAAUAUAACCUUUUAGCCAGUA